UCAAACCUCCGCCGCUCAAACUUAACGCCAGCUCCGGCCCGGCUUUUGCCGGUGUCGGGAGCUCUCCUUCUUCUCCCUUUCCUCUUUUCUUUUUGCUCUCUUCACCACCAUCUCAUUCCUGUGUCGAUAUGCUCGGUGUUCUGUGUUUUACGGGAGCUCGGCUCGAGAUUCGACGAUGACAGUCACUUCCUUUCCAUGGAGCAGCGGCGAGACACAAGGCGCGACAGUGGUGGAAAGGGUCGGCUUUUAGGACUGAAGGCUCUCAUCAGAUCUGGUUUUCUCCUUUAAGAUCUGUUGAGUCUCUUCCAUGGCGACGGUGCGGGACUCAGGAAGACGCCUCCUCCUCCACGAUGCUGCUUUCCUGUGCGGCGGUGGACCUUCAGAGGAGUGUUUUAAUAGCGAGGAAAAGCGAUAUGGGUCUCCACUUCUCGGAGCUAACAUGAGGCAAGGCUUCGCGCCGACAGAGUGUCAACCGGAGGAGUGGAUUUGGUGGUGGUCCUGGCGGAGCUCGACAUCCCAGCAUCGGCGAUGAGUCUCUGAUUCUAACCGGUGGUUCAUGCUUCGCAUCCUUGAAAACUGUUAGACCGGUUCCCGUAUAUGUCGUCAAAGUCCGCCUUUUCAUUCAGGCCGUUCUGGUCUGUUUUUCGAUCUAGACAAGUUUUGUUGGUGCCUUUGGUCUAGUCUGGAAUGCGCCUGAGGCGUGGUCACUGUUGGUACAUGGACUGCAUUCUUAUCACUUGGCGACCAAUGUUGGGGUUGGAAAUUGAUGCCCGGGAAAGACUAUUGAUUGCUAGCAAUUCUUUGUUUUUGGAUUAUUAGGUUUAAAGUAGAGGUGUAAGACAAGGUGAAGAAGCCUUAGUCUCGAGCUUUCUGGGAUCUUUUGUGUGAGAUCAUGCGUCUUUAGGUGAUGCUGUGGUGGUCAUGUGCAGCAAUCUGAUUUUUUGGUACCAGCUACGUCGGACUACAAGUGAAGUAUCUCAUUUUAGGAUAGUUCAGAAAGUUUAGGGAUAGCUUUGUAACCUUGUUGUCUAGAGGUAGAAUUAGUUGGUUCUCGGCUAAGGAGCGGAUUCUAAACCUCGUCGGUGACGGAUUCUCACCGGAUUUGCGCUGUAAGGCGAUGAGAUGUUGGGCCGGGCCUACCACUCUAAUCUUUAGGAGCCCAAUGUCAGGAGCGGAUUUGUAAUCCGGUUUUAAUUUUGUUGUAGUCAAGUGUUUAGAAUUGUCGUCUCGUUUUGGUCUAAGUAGGGGUUAAGAGACGGUUCAUCUCGGGUCGUGAGAAGAACUCGUCUUAUUGUGGUGAAAAAUACACUGACGAAUUAGAUUGGGUAGUCUAGGAUCCAAACCAGUUUCGACUCCAGUGUUCCUAGGCGUUACUAGAUCUCGUCGGUUGUAUGUUGGGUUUAAAAUCUCUUGAGGUUGUAAUCCUGUAUUCACAUUUGGCUAAUGAAAAGUUGAUGUUGAGUUAAAAAAAAAAAGAAUAUUGUCUUCUUGCUGAUGAACUUUUUACCUAUCCAAACUAAAUUAAUUAUUACUGGAAAGGUAUUUGGAUAGAUCUUUGAUGGUGAAGGCGGGAAAUAUUAUAAAAUGUGCAAUGGCGUCAUGGAUGACGGUAACAAGUAUGGAUGAGUGGACUCUUCUUUAGGCCCACAUGUUUGAGAGUUGACACUUCCACUAUCCUAUUUUUAUAAACUUUUCUUCUGGAAAUUUGAUAGAGAUGAUUCAUUAUUUAUUACUUUUAUUUCGGCCAUCCAGUGGCUUAGUUCACGUGUUUCAUGGCCGCAACAACCAGUUAAAUGCAACAAAGAAUGAUCUUUCGGAAAUAGAUAAAACUCCCUACAAUAUCAGAGGCAAAGCGACAACUCCUACAGGCCUCUCGUUUAACUCUAUUUUUGUGGCCUUUUACUAUAUAAAACCCAAAGGCCCAUUUUCAAAUCGAUAUUAUAUCAUAAUCAGACCGACCAUCACCGUCGUGACGUCUCUUUUUUAAAACAAUGUCGUGCUUCAAAUCCAAAUACGCCGAUGAGCUCAUCGCCAAUGCCGCAUACAUUGGUACUCCAGGGAAAGGUAUUCUCGCCGCUGAUGAAUCCACAGGAACCAUAGGAAAACGUUUCGCAAGCAUUAACGUCGAGAACGUUGAAUCAAACAGACGUGCUCUACGUGAGCUUUUGUUCACCACUCCAGGAGCUCUCCAAUACAUCAGUGGUAUCAUCCUCUUUGAGGAAACUCUCUACCAGAAAACAGCUUCAGGGAAACCAUUUGUUGAUGUAAUGAAGGGAGCUGGAGUCCUUCCUGGUAUCAAAGUCGAUAAAGGAACUGUUGAGCUCGCUGGUACAGAUGGCGAAACCACAACCAUUGGCCUCGACGGGCUCGGAGACCGUUGCAAGAAAUACUAUGAAGCCGGUGCACGUUUUGCCAAAUGGCGUGCCGUUCUCAAAAUCGGAGCUAACGAGCCUUCCGAGUUAGCCAUCCACGAGAACGCUUACGGUCUAGCGAGGUAUGCGGUCAUUUGCCAAGAGAACGGUCUCGUCCCCAUCGUCGAACCAGAGAUCCUCGUGGACGGAUCUCACGAUAUUGAGAAAUGUGCUUACAUCACGGAACGUGUCCUCGCAGCUUGUUACAAGGCUCUUAACGAUCACCACGUGAUCUUAGAAGGAACGCUCUUGAAGCCGAACAUGGUUACUCCAGGUUCGGACAGCAAGUCUAGGGCUGAACCCAAAGUGAUCGCAGAGCACACUGUCCGUGCUUUACAGCGUACUGUCCCCGCGGCGGUUCCAGCCGUUGUGUUCUUGUCUGGAGGACAGAGUGAGGAACAAGCAACUGUGAAUUUAAACGCUAUUAAUCAAUUCAAAGGUAAGAAACCAUGGAGCUUGACGUUUUCGUAUGGACGUGCCCUUCAGCAGAGUACGCUCAAGGCUUGGGGAGGUAAAGAGGAGAAUGUUGAGAAGGCUCAAAAGGCGUUCUUGGCUAGAGCCAAGGCUAACUCGGAGGCAACUACUGGUGCCUACAAAGGUGAUGCUCAGCUCGGUGAAGGUGCUUCUGAGAGCCUUCACGUUAAAGACUACAAAUACUAAAAAAAGUAUUUUGGGGAUUUAUAAUUAAUUUGUUGAAAAUUUUGGUAUUUUUACGUAAUAUUAUUUAAUCAUAACCUAACCGUCUUUAAUUAUUUGUUUUUCGGCUUUUUGGGUGGUAUAUAUAUUAUCCUGGUGUACAUAAUUUUUUGACAUUUUCACUAUUUUGUAAUGAUGAAAUCCUCUCUAGGGGAAAUUUUGUUGUAAUAAUGAUAUGCUUUGUAAACUUAAUUUAUUGAAAAAUAUGUAACUUACACUAACAUCUUAUAAAAAAUAAACACGCGUGUUUGGU